AACUUGCAGCUCAGUUAAAGCGUAGCUUUUGCCAGCAACGGUUGUGUCUUAUUUUCACAUUCAAAUUCUAAAACAUACAAAGUGAUCUCAUCGAAUUAAUUUGCAUUUCAAAUGCAUUCGCUCAUGCCAUUUCUAAGCGCACUACUGCUGCUGACAGCAGGUGGUGCGCAUGCGCAAAUUAAAACAUCCGGCAUUAAAACGCACUACCCAGCCGCACCAAGUUCGGGUAAUUUAAUUUACAAUGAAAACAAUUACACUGCACAAUACAAUCGCACCUUUGUGCCAGCGGACAACUAUCAGGGCGGCAAUGUGGGUGUGGUUAGUGUAAACACCAUCGAUCGAAAUGAAUCCGCGCAUUUGGCAGGCGGAAGCCACUUGGCUGCCGGUGAGGAGUAUCACUACUAUGGCGCUGGCGGCAGCAGCAGCGAUUUCAGCAGUGGUGGCAGUUAUAGCAGUGGUGGGAGUUACAGCAGUGAUGGAAGUUUUAAUAGUGGUGGCAGUUACAGCAGUGAUGGAAGUUUUAAUAGUGGUGGCAGUUACAGUAGUGGUGACAGUUUUAGCAGCGGCGGAAUUGCCCGUCAGCGUGUACCCUUGCGUGUACCACAAUUUUUGGAUGCCACUGCUGAGUUCAUCAACAAGACGCGUUCACAAAUGGCCUCUGGCAUCUGCUACGCCGAAGUGCCCACCGCAUCGCUUGUUCGUGACAAGUCAGUGAUACCAGCUGGUAAUGGCACCAGCGCCGACAAAAGUAAGGUGCAGAUUUGCUGCGAAGGCUACGUACGCAAUCCACACGUCUACACGCGCUGCGAUCCCAUCUGCCUCGACGACUGCCCGAAUGGCAUUUGCACUGCGCCCAACACUUGCGUCUGCAUUCCUGGUCAUGUACGCAAUCACGAGGACAAAUGCAUUUCUACCUGCCCCAUCGGUUGCGGCAAUGGCGUAUGCGACGCACAAAAUCAAUGCCAAUGCAAAACUGGCUACACACUAGAACCAAACACUCGGCAAUAUUGUGUGCCCCACUGUGAUACACCUUGCGAAUAUGGCAAGUGUGUGGCGCCCAAUAAGUGUGAUUGCUACGAUGGCUAUCGGCUGACAGCUGGUGGUGUGUGUGAACCCAAAUGUGACAACUGUGAGAAUGGUCGCUGUACGGCACCCGGCUUGUGUACCUGCAAUAAGGGUUACCUGAAGGUGAAUGGCAUUUGUGAACCCGUAUGUACACUUGGCUGCGAUAAGGGCCGUUGCGUGGCUCCUGACGUCUGUGAAUGCUCCAAGGGGUUCGAGCUGGACCGCACCGGCACCAAAUGUGUGCCACACUGUGAUCAACCUUGCCUGAAUGGCGUUUGCGAUGGUGCAAAUAGCUGCACUUGCAAUCCUGGUUACGUACUGGAUCCAAUACAGAAGAGUGUUUGCCAGCCGCAUUGUCCACAAGGCUGUCCCAAUGGCUAUUGUACUUCGCCAAACUUUUGCGUCUGUAAGCCUGGUUUCCGCAAGUCUGGCAUCAAGGGACGUCAAACAUGUGCCGCUGUUUAAAUUGUUUGCAUGGAUUGUUUUAAAAGUUUUAUUUACGAAAUGUUUACCUUAAAAAGUCGUUUGAUUUGUAUGUUAUUAAACUAUUAAUUAUAAUAUUUUUUUAUUUUCCCUGUUGCAUAAAUUGAAA